AUGGGGUCUAACUCAGGUCUGGAUGAGGCAGAAGAGCAUUUGCUUGCGGUGGAGGAGAAUGAUCAGAUUCAUCAGAAUGGAAAUAAAUCCUCAGGUGUGACAUUUGAGAUAAGGGACUUAACUAAAACAUCUGAUGAGAUUGCCAUACUGAGUAAAAUCAACGUUGACAUACCUAGACGCGUGAUCAUGGGAAUCAUAGGGCCUAGUGGUAGUGGAAAGUCAACAUUCUUGAGGGCUCUUAAUAGAUUGUGGGAGCCCCCAUCCAGCACAGUGUUUUUGGAUGGUGAAGACAUUUGUGAUAUAGAUGUACUUCAACUUCGCCGAAGAGUUGGUAUGCUGUUCCAGCUUCCUGUUAUGUUUGAAGGUACUGUUGCAGAUAAUAUAAGAUAUGGACCACAGCUGCAAGGGAAGAAGUUAAGUGACAGUGAGAUUUAUGAUUUGCUUGCUCUUGUAGACCUGGACUCCAACUUCUUGAAUAAACCUGCUAGAGAAUUAUCUACUGGUCAAGCUCAAAGAGUUGCGCUUGCUCGAACCUUAGCAAAUGGACCAGAAGUUUUACUCCUUGAUGAGCCGACUAGUGCAUUGGAUCCAAUAUCGACACAGAACAUUGAAGACCUUCUUGUAAAGCUGAAGAAAGAAAAAGGAAUGACUAUAGUGAUCGUGUCCCACAGUAUCCAACAGAUCCAAAGAAUAGCUGAUGUAGUUUGCCUUCUUGUCAAUGGCGAGAUUGUUGAAAUCGUGAAACCUGAUCUACUCUCUGAAGCUAAGCAUCCUAUGGCCAUAAGGUUUCUUGAAGUCAGUAGUUAG